AGAGCACCGGGCCGGGCUCCGUGUAACGGGAGAGGAGCCCUGAGCCGAGCGGGGCCAAGGCAGCGCGGAUCGCGGGUGUUCCCCGGUGCCAGGAGGCCGCGGGGAGCCCCUCUGCGACCCCCGCCCCGAAAUCGCCUCGGAGCGCACUGAGGAACGAUGAAAAAAAAUAAUAAUUCUGCAAAAAGGGGGAACCAGGAUGGAAACCAGCAACCUGCGCAGCCGGAGAAGGUCGGCUGGGUGCGGAAAUUCUGCGGGAAAGGCAUUUUUAGGGAAAUCUGGAAAAACCGUUAUGUGGUUCUGAAGGGAGAUCAGCUUUACAUCUCGGAGAAGGAGGUAAAAGAUGAAAAAAACAUACAGGAAACGUUUGAUCUGAGUGACUAUGAGAAAUGUGAAGAGCUCAGGAAGUCCAAAAGUAGAAGCAAAAAGAACCACAGUAAAUUCACCCUUGCCCACUCCAGGCAGCCUGGAAACACGGCACCAAAUCUGAUCUUCCUGGCUGUGAGUCCAGAAGAGAAAGAGUCCUGGAUUAACGCCCUCAACUCUGCAAUCACACGUGCUAAAAACCGGAUCUUGGACGAGGUCACCGUGGAAGAGGACAGCUUCCUUGCCCACCCGACACGUGACAGAGCCAAGAUCCAGCACUCCCGGCGCCCUCCCACGCGGGGUCACCUCAUGGCUGUGGCAUCUACCUCAACCUCUGACGGAAUGCUGACCCUCGACCUGAUCCAGGAGGAAGACGCCUCUCCGGAGGAUCACGGCACCUGCGAGCAGAGUUUCCGGGUGGAUCUGGACAAGUCCGUGGCUCACCUGACUGCGGGGCGGCGCCGCUCGGACUCGGAGAACGCCAAACCAGCGGAGAAAGGGCGGACAGGGAGCCUCCCCCGGCAGGAGGCGGCCCCGUGGGACAGAGCCGGCCAGCGCAAUGACUCCUUUGACAAAGGGACCAUGUACACGCCGCAGGUCCCCAAAAAGCUCUCCCACUCCGAAAAGAAUAAAUGUGCCUCCAUGGAAGAAAUCCUGUCCCGACGGGACUCUUCCACACACCGGGCGGUGCUGAGGAAGGGGCUGGAGGCUCAGUUUGCCUCGGCAGAGCCGGAGCAGCUGACCCGGAUACAGGAACUGGUUGCACUGAAACUGGAAAAAACUCAGGAACUGCUGACAGAGGUGAAGGGCUACGGGGAAGGCAAGAAAAAGACCAAGGACUCCAACACCAGCACCACCAUCACCACCACCUCUUCUUCCUCAUCAUCUUCUUCCAAGUCGGACUCUGAAAGGAUCCUGCAGGAAUCUGAGAGGCUGCUGGGGGAGGCUUCCUCCACCUGGAGCCAAGCCAAGAGGGUGCUGCAGGAGAUCAGAGAGCUGAGGGACCUGUACAAACAGUUCGAGCUGCAGCAGUCAGACUCGAAGCCCAAACAGAGCUCACAGUCGCAGUUUAGGAAGAGCAUGAUGUGAAGGCAAG